ACCUCCUUCCUUCCUCGGAAAAUUUGCAAACCUCCCAUCAGACUCAACAUGAAGUUAACGACAGUCCUCGGCUCCAGCAUCGCCCUCAUUGGCGCUACUCGCGCCAGCCCUCUCCUAGCAGCUCGUCAGGGUUCCUUCAAAUUUGAAUGCAAUGGCCAACAGUUUCCGAAGCUCGCCGACUGCGACGCCCUUUUCCAAACCUUCACUGACGGCACGAAAACCUACACGCACCCUGACGGCGGCAACAUCCUCUCCCUUUACCUAAGCGACCAGAGCGACUGCCAAAUCGACGUCUCUUUCUGGGACCAGUCCUACACUGUUACUGAAAACCAAAUCUACAACGGGAUAAACGGCGUCAAGACGACCUGUUUCCCUGCUGGCACCGGUGGUGCAGCGAACGAAGUCGGCGGCCGCUUCAGCAUCGCUGUUAGGAACAACCCGAACUACGAUCCACCGGACAACAAGAAGCGCACUGUUGCCCGGUCUGCAGCCAGGACUAUCUCCGUACCUAUGGGCGAGAAAGGCUCAAUAAUUGAAGUUGUGGCCAAGCGUGCUGAUGGCGAUACGUCCUUCUCGUAUGGUGUGCACACCACGAACGCCAAACCCGGAGACAUGAAGCACAACAUUGGUGACGGCCUCCCCGGUGGCUCAACAUGGGAAUGGUCCUCAGAGAAGAGCGUUACUGAUCACGUUUCGUUCUCUACAUCUGUGUCUGCUGGGAUCGAGGGCAUCGUGUCGGCGUCUGUUGGUACCGAGAUUUCUCAUGAUGAGACGUUCACGAGUGGACAGACGACAACGAUCACAAUCAAGUGCGAUGAUAACCAAUACGGACAGGUCUACUUCCAGGGCUACGCCGAGGUCUGGCAGGGCGUGUUGCUGCCUAGCGGCGAUCAAUUGACGGUCACGAAACCCCAGGUCAACUCUGAUGGGAGCACAGCUGGAUUUUACCAGUAUGACUGCAUCUCCAAAUAGCCGGGACAUAUCACUCUGAGGGUCAUGGGGCAUCUGUUUGUGUUCUGAUUUUGGGUCCGUGGGUUUUGUUGCUGUUUGAUCUGUUUGGGUCAUUUUGAUUAGAUUUACUCUUUGGCAUACCACGCUCACUUGUUUUACUUCUACUUAGCUUGGCUUUCAUAUGUAUUUUGACCUUCUUCUCUGCUAGACGCAAGAUGUAGAUGGAUCAAAAACCAGGUGCUAUCGUUGAGAAAGUGCUUGUAAGGGAGGCCCCAUAGAUGUCGUACACCCGAUCUUUCGUAAACGGAGAAGAUGCCGUAUAGGGCCCUCAAUCAAUCGCUCUCGGGUCUUGCUAGUUUCCGCGUGGAGUAUUCUUUGAUGAAAACGAGUGGUCCAAGUCUAGAUGUCAAGAAGCGUUCAAACGAGAAAAUGCAGUCGAAG